AUGGCGGUACAUAUGUUAGCUUCAGUUUCAACUGCUGGGACUUCGAAAACAGCUGAAAUAGAUGAAUCUGGAAAUGAUGUUUCGAGCUGUUUGGAAAAAAUUAAUAAACUCGAUGUUGGCUUUAUAACACAGCAGGAACAAUUUGAACAAAAAUUGACAAUGCAAAAGGAUGGUGGGGAAAAGAUUUCGUCAGGGACCGCUACGGGAGGACUUAUGACAGAAAAUAACCUGGAGAAGUUUACCUUAUUAUACGAUAAAUAUAACACACAGUGCAGUGAAUUAGAAAGAUUAGAAAAAGUAAAUGGUGAACUGGAAGAACAAUUGCAGAAAGUGAGACGAGAAUAUGAUAGCACUCAAGAAACACUUAAUAGCUGCCGAAGUGAGUUCUAUGCUCAUCGUCAAGGUUUGGAACGUCGGGUAGUGGACGUAGAAUUACAACUGAAGAUGACCACUCAACGUGCUGAAGCACGUGAGCAGCAUUAUCAGCAACGCAUAAAACAGAAUGAUGCGAAAUGGGAUCAGAAAUUUGUGCAGCUACUGAAAAAAAUAGAAGCAGUCGAAAAAGAAAAGAAUGAUGCUGUAUGCCGAUAUGCGGCAAGAGAAGCGCAAUUAAUACGACUACAAGCGCAAAUAGAUGGACUUGAAGUGCAGAAUAAUAUGCUAUUAGUAGAGAAAAAUACGUUACAAAAGAGCACCCAGUUCGAAUACUUACAAAAUAUGAAGCAUUCGUUGACAGAAGUGGAACGGCAGUUGUCACUCGAAAAGAAGGUUGGUAAAGAACGUGAGGAACAACACAGAAUGACUGUUAAGCACUUAGAAGCUAGUCAAACGGUACUUACAGAAUUUCGUUCUCGUUUGGAAUCUAUUCAAUCUCAGUUAGCACUGGAACAAAUGGAGAAAGAGGAAUGUCAGGAGAAACUGAGGAAGUCACAAGCAAUGUUGAAGGCUUGUUUCGAGUUUCAUCUUACAUUAGAACAGCAAUGUGCUGAAGAAAUGGAUGCAGCGAUAAAGAAAACAAAUAACCAGGAAGAGCUUUAUAACAAUGUAUGUGUCGAGUUGGCUUCGCUUAGAUCACGUAAUUCCACCCUCUCCCAACAGCUCGACCACGCUAAGCAGGCAAACGCUCAGUUGCAGGUAGAAUCUCAGCAGCUGAGUGAGGAACUCAUUCAGGCUCGUCAAACUCAUCGAAUUGCUUUGGAAAAAUUAGAGUCUCUGGAGGAAGUGCAGGCACUUAAUCUGCGCCGUGUUAAGCUGGCAGAGAUUGCGACAAUAGAUGCAGCUGCGGAGCGUGACCAAGCGGAAGCGGAGGCAGCACAAUGUCGUAAGCAGGCGGAAAGGAUGCUCGAAAUCACUGAGCAGUUAGCCGAUAAAAACUCUUCAUUAACUUCACAGCAGGAAAUGUUCAGAUGCAAGAAUUUGGAAUUAAGUCAGCGGGUAAAGACGUUGGAAUCUUCUUUGUCAUUCUCUGAAAGACGUGUUGUCGAAUUGGAACGAGAGCUGAAAUUGUUAAAAGUUGAUAGUUCUGCAGAAAUUGGAACACUACGGCAGCAAAUUGACACAAAUAUUGCCAAAGAGCAGAAGUUGAAUGCAGUUAUUAAUGAACUUCGUAAUGAACAGAAAGUACUGAAGAAAAAGAAUUCGAGUUCUCUGAAGGAAUUACGCGCUGAAGUGCAGCAUUUACGUAAAUUGCAAUCUCGAAGUCCGAAUUCAUCCCCACCAAAUGCACCACCAGUAGAAAAUAAUUUGUCACUUAAUGUGCUACCUAGCGGUGCAAUGGGUCUAUCUACUUCAUCUCGAACGUCAUCGAUGGCAUCGUCCACUGAUAUAUUUCCACUGGCUAUUGAUUGUACCUCUACCUCCAUCAGUCGAAUUGCUACUCAUCGAAAGGAAUCUCAGCAGUUCAUAAUAUCACUUUCAUCAGACGAAGCAAAUCAUAUGCAACAGCAAAUGAUUGAGAAGAUUGUGAAGCUACAACAGCAGUUGGCUAGACGACAAGAUAAGAUAGAAUUUCUGGAAGAACACGUUCGACAGUGUACACAGGAACUGUUGAAGAAAACAAAGAUUAUUCAAAAUUUCGCACUACGGGAAGAGGCGUCUCUGUUGUUACCAGAAGGUGAUUUGAAUAAAAUAACACGUGGACCCAAUGGUAGUAGUAGUAAUAGUAGUUCGUUCUCUUUAAUAGGGAACUUGUUUACAAGCACUGCAAAUGGUGCCACUGGAAAGUCUGAAUUGAAAUUUGCAACGGAAGUAAAUUCACGCCUACAAGCUGUGCUCGAAGAUGCACUGCAUAAAAAUAUCACACUUAAGAAUAACAUCGAUACCUUGGGUGAGGAAAUCUCUCGGUUAUCACGCGAAAAUCGACAGCUAUCGCUUUCCAAAAUUAUAUAA